AUGCCGAUGUUCGUGGUCAACACCAACGUGCCCCGCGCCUCGGUGCCGGACGGGCUCCUCUCCGAGCUCACCCAGCAGCUGGCGCAGGCCACGGGCAAGCCGGCCCAGUACAUCGCGGUGCACGUGGUGCCGGACCAGCUCAUGAGUUUCGGCGGCUCCACCGAGCCCUGCGCGCUCUGCAGCCUGCACAGCAUCGGCAAGAUCGGCGGCCCGCAGAACCGCGCCUACAGCAAGCUGCUGUGCGGCCUCCUGGCCGAGCGCCUGCGCCUCAGCCCGGACAGGAUCUACAUCAACUACUACGACAUGAACGCGGCCAACGUGGGCUGGAACGGCUCCACCUUCGCCUGA